AUGGAAGACGACCGGGCCCAAGUCGACCUCGGCAUCGCCGCAGAUAUCGAGGAAGCCCAGCUCGCCCAGGCUCAUCAAGCCGAGCCCACAGGCGACGAUGUGCCUCGAAGCAACACCCCCAAGCAGCCCAAGAAACGGUUUGUAGGGAGAAGGGCGGCCGCCGAGGCAGCAGAGAGGACGAGAAAUGGGACGACGGGCGCCGAGGGCGAAGGCGGCGCCGUUCAAGCCGCCAGGCCCAGACGAGCACCCCGUCUCCUGAACAGAGUCCCCAAGGAGAUCCUCGACGACCCAAGCCUCAAGGAGGCCGUCGCCCUGCUCCCGGCCAACUACAACUUUGAGAUCCCCAAGACCAUCCACCGGAUCCGCACGUCGGCAGCCAAAAAGGUGGCUCUCCAGAUGCCCGAGGGCCUCCUGCUCUUCGCCACCACCAUCUCGGACAUCCUCACGCAGUUCUGCCCCGGCGUCGAGACCCUCAUCAUGGGCGACGUCACCUACGGCGCGUGCUGCAUCGACGACUACACCGCCCGCGCCCUCGGGUGCGACCUGCUCGUCCACUACGCGCACAGCUGUCUCAUCCCCGUCGACGUCACCAGGAUCAAGACGCUCUACGUCUUCGUGGACAUCAGCAUCGACACGGCGCACCUGCUGGCCUCGCUGGAGCGCAACUUCGCCGCGGGCAAGACCAUGGCCGUCGUCGGCACCAUCCAGUUCAACGCCACCAUCCACGGCGUGCGGAGCAGCCUCGAGGCCGCGGGCUUCACCGUGCUGGUCCCUCAAAUCGCGCCGCUGAGCAAGGGCGAAAUCCUGGGCUGCACGUCGCCGCGCCUCAGGGACGAGGAUGCCGUCGACGUGAUUUUGUACCUCGGCGACGGCCGCUUCCACCUCGAGAGCAUCAUGAUCCACAAUCCUUCGAUACCGGCGUACCGGUACGAUCCCUACGCGAGGAAACUCACGCGCGAGACGUACGGCCACGACGAGAUGCAGUCUCUUCGGCGCAGCGCGAUUCACACGGCCAGGACGGCCAAGCGGUGGGGGCUCAUAUUGGGCUCCCUGGGUCGGCAGGGAAAUCCGCACACCAUGUCUCUGAUUGAGAAGAGGCUCAAGGAGAAGGGCAUCCCGUGGGUGAAUCUGCUGCUGAGCGAGAUUUUCCCCGGGAAACUGGCCUUGAUGGGUGAUGUCGAGUGCUGGGUGCAGGUGGCUUGUCCGCGGUUGAGCAUCGACUGGGGGUAUGCGUUUCCGCGGCCAUUGCUGACGCCGUACGAGGCCCUGGUUGCGUUGGGGGUCAGGGAAGAGUGGGACAAGGGGAGUGUGUAUCCGAUGGAUUAUUACGGCAAGGACGGACUGGGGCGGACGAGGCCGUUGGAGGCGGGUUAG